CUACUGCACGCCAGCACCGGUGCCACUUGUCAAAACGCGCAAGUGCGUCUGGACAGGCUACUCGGAGCUCCUCACGGUGCUGACAUGAUGACAGUGUGCAGGCCGGCCCAGGGCAGCCACAGCCAGACUGCAAACCUGAGCUAUAACUUGGCUGACAAGGUCAAGGUGAAAGGUACAGGGGCUGGAGAAGACCCUCGAAGGCAGCCAUUUAAAUCCUCCAUUCCUUUCCGAGAGGCUGAUCAGGACUCACCCUCCAGAAGAAGCCCCAUAGAAAGCCUCCACAGCCUGAUGCUGGAGCCGAGAGUGGACUGUUUCUCGAAGAACAUGUUCAGCUCAAACAUGAUCAUCAGCGACCCAGCUUCAGAGCUCAGUGCAAAAGAAGCCAGCAGGGCUGGGAGGAAGCAGCUCGGGGGUCUUCCAAACCCCUGCCCGCCUGCACGAGGUGGGGCCCGGCACAAGUCCCUCAGCAUAAAGGACAAGAUAUCGGAAUGGGAAGGGAAAAAGGAGUGGCCGGCUCCUGCGGCUGGCAGGAAAGUGGACGGGCCAGAGGCCUACCUGCCGGCCUGUGUGAUGGAGAGAAGGAGGAGCGACGGGGGGAGGACUCGGGUCGCAGAGGCGCAGAAUGGAAGCAGGCCAGAAACAGAGAGCCCGGAGAAGGAGAGGAACAAAGGGGUGCUGAGAGUUGGGGGCCAGGAUGCGGAGCGGAGGCAGGAUCUCAGCCAGCCAGACAGGGAGCUGGCUUCAAGCAUGGCCGGGUGCCCCAGGCUCGGCAAACAGCGCCUUCAGCACGACAGCCUUUCCGUGCAGAAGCAGGUCAAGAAACUGGAGCAGGCGCUGAAGGACGGCUCGGCAGGGCUGGAUCCCCAGUUACCGGGGACCUGUUACUCCCCACACUGCCUGCCGGACAAGACAGAGGAGGGGCCCUCCCUUUUUGAGACCCGUGGGGCCGGGAGCGGCUCAGAAUUCAGGAGCCACCCCUGGGACCUGGAGGCCAGGGCGCCCGCCCAGGAGGCUGUGGAGGAGAGGAAAGGCUGGUGCUGGAGGCCCAGCGACCAGGGCCCGGAUGGCGUGUGCCGGGGCUCGGAGGGCAAUCCCCCAAAACCCUUCAUCAACCCCCUGCCCAAACCCCGGAGAACGUUCAAACACGAUGGAGAAGGGGACAAGGAUGGGAACCCAGGCAUGAGGUUCAGGAAAGAGAAACGGAACCUGCCUCCUCUGCCCUCCUUGCCACCCCCGCCCCUGCCCUCAUCUCCGCCCCCCUCAUCUGUGAACAGAAGACUGUGGAACGGGAGGCCCAAGCCCAGUGCCGACCACAGAAAGUCCUAUGAGUUUGAAGACUUGCUGCAGUCCUCGUCCGAGAGCGGCAGGGUGGACUGGUACGCGCAGACCAAGCUGGGGCUCACACGCACUUUAUCGGAAGAGAACGUCUACGAGGACAUCCUAGAUCCGCCAAUGAAGGAAAACCCUUAUGAGGACAUUGAGUUACACGGUCGCUGCCUGGGGAAGAAGUGUGUCCUGAACUUUCCUAGUUCUCCCACCUCUUCCAUCCCUGACACAUCCACCAAGCAGUCAUUGUCCAAACCUGCUUUUUUCCGGCAAAAUUCCGAGAGGAGGAACUUCAAACUGCUGGACACUAGGAAGCUGAGUCGGGAUGGAACUGGGUCACCUUCUAAAACCAGCCCCCCCUCCACCCCCAGCAGCCCUGAUGACACUUUCUUUAAUCUUGGAGACCCACAGAAUGGCAGGAAGAAGAGAAAGAUACCCAAGCUGGUGGUGCGCAUCAAUGCCAUCUACGAGGCCCGGAGAGGGAAGAAACGGGUGAAGAGGCUGUCGCAGUCCACAGAGAGCAACUCGGGAAAAGUGACAGAUGAGAACAGCGAGUCUGACAGUGACACCGAGGAGAAGCUGAAAGCUCACAGCCAGCGCCUGGUCAACGUGAAAUCCCGCCUCAAGCAGGCACCGAGAUACCCAUCCCUUGACCGGGAGCUCGUCGAGUACCAGGAGAGGCAGCUCUUUGAAUACUUCGUGGUCGUGUCAUUGCACAAGAAGCAGGCCGGGGCCGCCUACGUGCCGGAGCUCACCCAGCAGUUCCCUCUGAAGCUGGAAAGGUCUUUCAAGUUCAUGAGAGAGGCUGAGGACCAACUGAAGGCGAUCCCCCAAUUCUGUUUCCCUGAUGCCAAGGACUGGACUCCUGUCCAGCAAUUUACCAGUGAGACCUUCUCGUUUGUCUUAACUGGAGAAGACGGGAGCAGAAGGUUCGGUUACUGCCGAAGACUGCUGCCUGGUGGCAAAGGGAAACGUCUUCCCGAAGUCUACUGCAUCGUGAGCCGCCUGGGGUGCUUCAGCCUCUUUUCAAAGAUCUUGGAUGAGGUGGAGAAACGGAGAGGCAUCUCUCCUGCCCUGGUCCAGCCCCUCAUGAGGAGUGUCAUGGAGGCCCCCUUCCCAGCCCUGGGCAAAACCAUCAUGGUCAAGAACUUCUUGCCAGGCUCAGGAACUGAGGUGAUUGAACUUUGCCGCCCACUGGACUCCCGGCUUGAACAUGUGGAUUUCGAGUCUCUCUUCUCCUCGCUUAGCAUCCGCCACCUGCUCUGUGUUUUUGCCUCCCUGCUUCUGGAAAGGAGGGUCAUCUUCAUCGCUGACAAGCUCAGCACGCUGUCCAAGUGCUGCCACGCCAUGGUGGCGGUCAUCUACCCCUUCGCCUGGCAGCACACCUACAUCCCGGUGCUCCCGCCCGCCAUGAUCGACAUCGUGUGCUCACCCACCCCCUUCCUCAUCGGGCUGCUCACCAGCUCGCUGCCUCUGCUCAGGGAGCUGCCACUGGAAGAGGUCCUUGUGGUCGACCUUGUCAACAAUCGGUUCCUCCGGCAGAUGGACGACGAGGAUUCCAUUCUACCCCGGAAGCUUCAGGUAGCCCUGGAACACAUUCUGGAACAAAGGAACGACCUGGCUAGUGACCAGGAUGAAGGACCCCUGGACUGCAAGCAUGGCCCUGAGUCCAGCCCCUUGAACGAGGUGGUGUCUGAAGCCUUCGUCCGCUUCUUCGUGGAGAUCGUGGGCCACUACUCCUUGUUCCUGACGGCCGGAGAGCGCGAGGAGAGGACCCUGCAGCGCGAGGCUUUCCGCAAGGCCGUGUCCUCCAAGAGCCUCCGCCGCUUCCUGGAGGUGUUCAUGGAGACCCAGACAUUUCGGGGUUUCAUCCAGGAGCGAGAGCUGCGCCGGCAGGAUGUCAAAGGGCUGUUUGAGGUCCGAGCCCAGGAGUACCUGGAAACUCUCCCCAGCGGAGAGCACAGUGGAGUCAACAAGUUCCUCAAGGGACUAGGCAAUAAAAUGAAGUUUCUCCACAAGAAAUAACCCUCAGCUCACCCUCAAGGGAAAACUUCCUCUUGGUGCAACCACUGUUUUAGAAACAUUUCUGAUGGCCCCUCUGAAACGUGGGCCUUGCUGUCCCCGGUGAUGGGUAAUGGCCAGAUGUUUUCUGGCCACCACUGGGCCCGCCCCAGGCCCGGGCCCCAGAGCCGCCCAGAGGUGCCGCUUCUUCUGAACAGCACUGGAAAGGGGGCCUGAGGCCCACAUUCAGAUGGAUGGUUUUGGCUGUUGGUCUUUGGAUUUUUGAUAUUUUUCAUCUUAGAUAUUAAAAGAAGGAAAAGUAUUUGGUUUUUUUUAUUAUGCCAGGCCUAAGAGAAACCUCGCCUGCCUCUAUCGUGUUUUCUCCCCUCAUCCUGCCUGGCAGCUGGACUGUGGAGCCCAAGGCGAGAGGGGUGGAAAGAGCAGCAGCAGGGACUCGGAGCCAAGUGCUCCUCUGGACAAAACUGGGGACAAGCAUGGCUGUUAGGGGAGGAGUGACCCCACCACAGGUGGCGCCCCCAGGUUUCAGGAUUGCAGUUGUCUUGGAGAAAGGACUGGCCUGCAGGCCCGGUGGAGCCAGAUCUGGGCCUGAAGGUGAAAGGGGAUCCUGAGGGAGAUGGCUUCCCGGGAAGAGCUGGGCCUGCAGGUCGGCCGGUGAUGCCAUCUGCUGGCCACGGCCGGCUCUUCAGACUUGCCUCUCAGGAGCCACGCUCCAUCCGGGGCAUGUGCCCAAAGUGGACACCCCAUGUUCAGAUCUGCUCAAAAAUGUUCUUGGGGCCUGAAAGCUUAUGGUGCUGCCUAGAACCCCAUGAAAUACACAAGCCAGGGCCUUGACCCGCUUCCCACAUGUAGGAAGUGAAAUCUGCCCAUCUCCUUGUGGGGGCCAAGAGCAGCGGGAGAGAACCGUGCACAUGCAGGCUAAAUGGACUUGCGCUGUGGAUAUUAACAGGGGGGGGAGUGUGUGAACAUGGGGGGAGCAGCCUCAGUAGAACUGGUGUGGUGGGCGAGCAGGCACUUGCGUCCCCUGGAGCAAGAGCAGAACGUGGCAGGAGGGAGCAGGUGCACAGUGGGAGGCGGGAUGAGAACAUGGGUGGGUGGCACAGCCUAGUUCUGGGGCCACCACCUGCAUGCCCCACUGAGGAUCCCCUCUGGAUGGAACCAGCGACCCCAAGACACACAGAAGGAAUGUGCUCUGGCCUGGCCCCGCCCAGGCAUCUGCGCUGCCCUGCACGGCUCCUCCUCUCCUGGGACCUGGGAGCAAGGCUGUUUCUGAGGCAAAAAGGAAAAUGAGGCAGAGGCUGAUCUCCCAGUCUACAUUAGGGGUUCUCAACUGAGGCCUGAGGCACCCCCUCGUUGUAUCCAGGAUUUGUUGUGUCCAUUCAUUUUUCAGGACAGGGUUCAUCGUUUACAUCAGAUUCUCAAACCAGUUCAAGGCCCCCACAAAAUGGUAGGAACCAGACUGUGCCUCCAAAAGAAUCCAGGUGGGUGGAUGUGGUUGAGGCUUGGGGAGACCACUGAGAAUCUCUGAGGGUGGGGGCUCAGGAAUUUGUGUCUAACACGCUCCUCAGAUUAGUUAACUUUAUUAAUACCAAUAUUCUGCAUAUUUUUCUAUUGCCCAGAGAUGAUCACUUUUAAUAUUUUGGAAUAUACUUUCUUUUCUAACUUAUUUCAUGUUAUAUUGUUUACUUAACAUUCCUAAGUGAAUAAAUAUACAUCCUUACCCACAUGCCUAGUGACUGUCUAAUAUUUAAUUUGUAGCUGUCUGGAAUGUUGUUUGACCAACCCUCUACGCUAAUGUCUGCAGGAUCACUCCAGUUUAAACAUCAUAAAGAACACUGAGAAAAACAUCAGUGCCUCUUAGCACAUUGCCCCCACUUUCAUUUUGGCUUCAAGUAAAAUAUACAAUCGAAAAGUAAUCAGAUCAUCCCUAUACAGCCUAAGAAAACUCUACCCGCAGCCACAUCCGGGCACCAGCACCCAGGUCAAGAAGAUCAUCACACCCCAGAAACAUCCUCUUUCCCAACAUCCCUCCUACCUGACUCAGCCUAGCUUUAAACUAAAUCAACUAAAAACAUCUUCAAAGUGACAGAUCAGGCCAGGGAGGGUCGGAGGCAAGAGAGAAAAGACCCGUGCUUCCGGUUCACCAUCUAAGGCAGAUUCUGGAACGAGGUGGCUGUUUGGGUUCAGAAACAAGUGUGGCUAGAGAGGCGCGGUCUGUGGGACCGGAUGACCACCCUGCAACCUUUGUGGUUUGCCUCAUCAACCAAGCUGUCCAAGAUCCAAGCCCUGUCACGCCAAUUUAAAAAAAAAAAAAAACACUCUCAUAAAGAAGAGGUUUGUGUUUAGAAGGCUUCAUUACUGUGUCUCCAGUGCUAGUGAAACACAGGGUUGUGGAAGAAGUUGGGGCAGAGAUGCUGGGUGGACUUUAUCGCCAUGGAAGAUCAAGAGGCCCCAGGGGGCAAGAAGGGGCAAGGGGGAGCAGGUGCAGCUGCCAUGUCUUGGUAAGAGGCCACAGACUGCAAGUCUGAGGGAAGAGGCAGCCGUCACUGCUGCUGGGAGGAGGAAGAUGAAUUCUUAGAAAUGGUCACCAGCACCUCACCCAGGUUAGUGAGAAGAGCGGCCAUUCAUGGAGCCUGCCUGUCGGCCCCUCACCUUGCUGAGUUCAUCUUGUGUGUGAUUUGAAGACUGGAGCGUAAGCCUCCUGCGGGCAGGGACUGUGUCCAUCAUGUCCACUGCUGAAUUCCCAGAACCCACCACCAGUGCCUGGCUGGAGGAGGCGCUUACUAGAUGUUGGCUGACCAAGGUAGCAGUCCCCACCACAGCAGGCUCAUCCGACACAGGUGCCUCACCAAGGCAAGGGAACCCUUUAAAGGGGGGAGUCCACCUGUCUUUUCACCCUAACAGAUAUUCCCGGCUUCUCAAACACUGUUCUUAGCACCCACCACCUACCUAGGAGACCAUGUUAGUAAUCAGAAGGUUGCUUGGUGAGUAGAGAGAG